CUCAGAUCCAAAACGACGCCGUCGAUCUACACAGUCACAGUUGUACUGUUGUCUUUUUUGUCUUGCACCACUCUUUGGUUCCAUCGCCGCUGCUCCACCACUACUCUCCUCCGGCGGAUUCCCCAAACUCACACACACUAUACACACAUUUGAGAGCAAUGGCGGCGGCGUUUGGAGCAGCAAAUGCAUCCGCGGCGGCGGUGGCGGCCUCCUUGACGGAGAAUUCACUUAAAUCCUCCACUUAUUUACCGAUUUGCCACCGCAAUUUCCUCAACGGACCCCAUCCGAACAAGGUGUCCUUUCGCCUCUCUGUCAAGCCCAAGCUCCGAUUUUCUUCCAAGGGUUUGCAGUCGGGCUCGAACUGUUCUACUGUGGUAAGAGCUCAACUAAACGAGGUUGCUGUGGAUGGAUCGCCAAAAGCUGCUGCAUCAACUACUGUACAAUCAGAGGGGUCACCGGUCGAAGCCAAGAGUAUCAAGUCGUCAAAUGAGCUUCCUCCGUCUGCUGCAUUGAGAUCCGAAGAAUCAAUAUCCGAAUUUAUUAGUCAAGUUUCAAGUCUCGUCAAGUUGGUUGAUUCUAAGGAUAUCAAGGAACUGCAUUUGAAACAAUUUGACUGUGAAAUAUUGAUACGUAAAAAGGAGGCCUUAUCUCCACCUGCUGCUCCCCCCGUUACAUAUUAUCAGUCUCAACCUCAGCCUGCAGCUCUACCGCCAGUCUAUGCACCAUCUCCAGUGGUGCCGACUGCUGCAGUUUCUCUUGCAGCAACACCUGCUCCUCCUAAAGCUCAACCAUCCAAGUCAUCUCAUCCGCCUUUUAAGUGUCCCAUGGCAGGAACCUUAUAUCGUAGUCCAGCACCUGGUGAACCACCAUUUGUGAAGAUUGGAGAUAAAGUACAAAAGGGACAGGUUCUAUGCAUCAUCGAGGCCAUGAAAUUGAUGAAUGAAAUAGAAGCUGAUCAAUCUGGAACAUUAGUUGAGAUUCUCGGGGAAGAUGGCAAGCCAGUCAGUAUUGACACACCUCUUUUUGUGAUUGAGCCAUAGAGCAGACUGAAAAGGUACGAGGGAGUAGGAAGGUUGUUCAUCGUAAAAUCUUUGUCAUCAGACGCGGUAUUAAUUUGAACAUGCGGUGAUUUUGUUUUACUUGGCUCAUCGAACUAAAUGAGCCUUUCGAUAAUUCUUUUUUGGCAUCUAAUUUGGAACUACUUUUCGAUAUAUUUAUCAAGAUUUGUUUUAAUUAUAAUGUGUGCGUGUAUUGUAAGACAGAUCACUCCAUUUUGUCGUGUUCGUGAUUGAAUGUACUCUGUUAAAAGUCUGAUUCCAGUGAGAAUGUUAUAUAUGGUUCAUCGAUGAUCUUUGUUUCU